CUAUCGGUUUUCUUCUGUCGUAAACUUGUUUAUAAACAUCCCUACGAGCAUCCGUUAAUUAGGAUAACAACGUGGGAGUGUGAGUGUCCUGGAAAGUGUCUGGGCGAACUCAGAAGACGUUAUUGUGUGUUUCAGUAGUUCUCAUUGAAUUUGUAUUCGCGCCAUUUCACGUGUAUUGAUUUUUAAAUCUGUGGUUCCAAGUUAAAUAUGGACCGUUAGCGUGCGCGUGUCAAUAAAUGUUACGCGUCUACAGGAUCUCGAUCCGCUCGAUCCGCUUACCACAAGAAACCAAGAACCGUAGUUAAUUAAUUUUUAAAAUAUAUUUAAAGUUAUUUAGUCUAUUAAUAGCACGGAUGCAGUGUCACUUUGAUUCAUACAUUAAGAUUAAAACAUAAAUCCAAAAAAUAUGCUUUAGGGGACAGGCAAAGCAUUGGAACAGAGUAAACAAAUUAAAGAAGAAUACAUUCCAUAUUUUCCAUGUUCUUAACACGUCAAAGAAGAAGAUUCUGCACGGCAUGAGUCCGAAGAAGAGGGGUGAGAGGAAGAGGAAGGCGGGGGAACAGACUGAACAAGUUAAAGAAGAGUCUCUACAGGAGGGUAAGAGUCUGAAGAAGAGGGGCAAGAGGAAGGUGGGGGAACAGACUGAACAAGUUAAAGAAGAGUCUCUACAGGAGGGCAUGAGUCUGAAGAAGAGGGGCGAGAGCAAGAGGAAGGCGGGGGAACAGACUGAACAAGUUAAAGAAGAGUCUCUACAGGAGGGCAUGAGUCUGAAGAAGAGGGGCGAGAGCAAGAGGAAGGCGGGGGAACAGACUGAACAAGUUAAAGAAGAGUCUCUACAGGAGGGCAUGAGUCCGAAGAAGACGGGCGAGAGGAAGAAGAAGCUGGGGGAACAGACUGAACAGGUUAAAGAAGAGUCUCUACAGGAGGGUAAGAGUCUGAAGAAGAGGGGCGAGAGCAAGAGGAAGGCGGGGGAACAGACUGAACAGGUUAAAGAAGAGUCUCUACAGGAGGGCAUGGGUCCGAAGAAGAGGGGCGAGAGGAAGAGGAAGGUGGGGGAACAGACUGAACAAGUUAAAGAAGAGUCUGCACAGGAGGGCAUGAGUCCGAAGAAGAAGCUGGGGGAACAGAAUGAACAGGUUAAAGAAGAGUCUGCACAUGAGGAAGAAACUUGCAAAGAAAUGGUGCUGGAUGAUUUGAGGGAGAGAAAAAGCAAGAGACGAGGAGUAAAAAAGUAUAUUGGUGCUCACAUGUCGAUAUCAGGUGGGAUAUGGCAUGCAGUACAGGAUAGCCUCACCAUCGGGGCACGCAGCUUCGGCCUGUUCCUCGGCUCCCAGCGCUCAUGGCAGAGACCUCCACUUGAUGGCACAGCAGCAGCCAAGUUCAAGGAGGCCUGCGCUCGGCACAGCUUUGAACCAGCCUAUAUCCUUCCACAUGGCUCUUACCUGAUGAACUGUGGUUCCCCGAAGCAAGAUGUGUUUGAGAAGAGCCAGGUCAUGCUGGUGGACGAGCUGAACCGCUGCAGUGCCCUGGGCCUCAGUCUGUUUAACCUACAUCCCGGAGCCUCGCUGGGAUCCAUCACUACAGAGCAAUGUAUUGAGAAGAUCGCCCAAGCCAUCAACCACGCCCACCAGCAAACCUCUGGUGUGGUCACAGUUCUGGAGAACAUGAGCGGACAGGGGAGCACAGUGGGCGGUGAGUUCAGCGAGCUGCGGGGCAUCAUCGACAAGGUGCGGGACAAGAGCCGCGUUGGGGUCUGCCUGGACACGUGCCACGCUUUCGCCGCUGGGUAUGACCUCUCUGCAAAGGGAGGGGUGAAGUCAGUGCUGGAGGAGUUUGAUAAGAUAGUGGGACUCCGGUAUCUUCGUGCCGUUCAUCUCAAUGACUCAAAAGGUGGUCUUGGCUGUAACCUGGACCGUCAUGAAGAUAUCGGGCGUGGCAAAAUUGGGCUACCCACGUUCCGAGAUAUCGUGAACGAACCGCUGCUUGACAACAUCCCUCUCAUCUUGGAAACCCCUGGCCGCCCAGGGUUCGAGUACGCAGAACAGAUAGCUCUUCUGUACUCCCUCUGCGAAGACUAGAAGACUUACCCCAGCAACAGUCUUCUAAAGAAAAGGGAGAAGAGUGCUGUUCAGUCCUGUUUUGUUCCAUUACAUUUAAUCAUUCUGUUGCUGCCAUUAGUUCAGCUCAUUGUUAAUCUUUUCUUGGGAAAGUAUCACAAUAAACUAGCAUUUCGAUGAGUUAAAUUUGA